GCUUGUAUCCUCUUUUCCUCUUUCAUUGAGCUUCCCUGUUCAGUGUAUAUACAGGAACAUUCAGAAAUAAUCCUGCUUUAUAAACUUCAUCACAUUGCUUUUCAAGUAAAUUUGCAUUUAACAAAAGCCUUUGAUAAUUAAUAAUGAGUACCUGUGUGCCCUCUCUGAGUGAUAAAGAGUGGCUUGGGUGGUGCCUGCUUUCCUCUUUCCCUUUCUCUAUUCCUGCCUUCCUCUCCCUCUUUUGAACUGCCCCCUCUUUCUCCCAGGAAAACCUCGCUGAACCCAGAUUAUACUGUGUGUUCACUGACAGCUCCUUUCUCUGCUUAAUGCAGCUCCCUAAUUCAGCCUCACGUGGAUCUGUAAAAGGCACAGUGAGGACCUGGCUACUCCCAGCCCUUCCCAGACCUGCUCAGCCCUGUAUUGCCACGGCAGUGGCAAGUAACUCCAACUGUGCUCCUCUUCUCCCAAAACAGCAACAUCGAUUCUUUACUUUAAAUGAACCUGGGAGAAGGAAAGGGCUGUGAGAUGAAAAAGGCAGGAAUUCAUGUCAUGUGCUACAGCAGAGCAGCCGUAGCAACGGCAGUAACAGCAGUAGCACGGCAGCAGCAGCAGCAGCAGAGAGAGUCCUUUAGCGAGACUGCACCAUUUUCUUCUCACCCUGCAUAGAGGUGUGGUUGGAAGCAGCAAUAAACUACCCACCCCCUAGCAGUUUCACAGAGGUGGCCUCUUCCUGGCUCCAGUCAGAAGACACAGACUGUCUGGAGGAGUCCCCAAAGACUGUUCCAAUUGGUGAUGUGUGUCUAAGGAUGGCUUUUUCAACUAGUAGGAUGCUUCUAUGCACUUGCAGCCACCCAACUGCUGAAGAGCUGGAAGUCUAGUGCUCCGCCUUCCCCCGGGACCGUUUCUGACUGUGGGUGCACACCUAUGCCUGUGUGCGUGCAGGUAUAUGCUGCUGGAGGUCUCGGUUUGGGACCUUAGUUCAUUGUAGUGAGUUAUGGGUGCUGCAGAGGCUGGAGCAAGAUUAUGACCUAGCUCGGGGGCGGAGUGGAUUAUCUUGUGAGUGUUCUGGCUGCCAGCCAUUGCCCUGGUGGGGAAAAUCACAUCUCCAUAGAGCUCUAAAAUCACCUGGAUUGCUAGGGAGUGGAAACUGAUCCUCUGCUACUGCUUCUGCUGAUUUCCUCUGCAAAAUGGCUCACGCUGCUGCUUCUAUUAAAAAAGUUCGAGAGGCUGAUCUGGAUGAAAAGGAAAAAAAUCUUGAGAGAGACAGAAAAAAACAACGGAAAAUCCCCAGAGAACGUAUGGAACGAAAAAGAAAGUCUGACAGCAACGCGAGCUUCCUCCGUGCUGCCAGAGCAGGCAACCUGGACAAAGUCGUGGAAUAUCUGAAGGGGGGCAUAGACAUCAAUACCUGCAAUCAGAAUGGACUCAACGCUCUCCAUCUGGCUGCCAAGGAAGGCCACGUGGGGCUGGUGCAGGAGCUGCUGGGAAGAGGAUCCUCUGUGGAUUCUGCCACUAAGAAGGGAAAUACCGCUCUUCACAUUGCAUCUUUGGCUGGACAAGCAGAAGUUGUCAAAGUUCUUGUUAAGGAAGGAGCCAAUAUUAAUGCACAGUCUCAGAAUGGCUUUACUCCUUUAUACAUGGCUGCCCAAGAGAAUCACAUUGAUGUUGUGAAAUAUUUGUUGGAAAAUGGAGCUAAUCAGAGCACUGCUACAGAGGAUGGCUUUACUCCUCUAGCUGUGGCACUCCAGCAAGGACACAACCAGGCAGUGGCCAUCCUCUUGGAAAAUGACACCAAAGGGAAAGUGAGACUGCCAGCUCUACAUAUUGCCGCUAGGAAAGACGACACCAAAUCUGCCGCACUCCUUCUUCAGAAUGACCACAAUGCUGACGUACAAUCCAAGAUGAUGGUGAAUAGGACAACUGAGAGUGGUUUUACCCCUUUGCACAUAGCUGCACAUUAUGGAAAUGUCAAUGUGGCAACUCUUCUUCUAAACCGGGGAGCUGCUGUGGACUUCACAGCCAGGAAUGGAAUCACUCCUCUGCAUGUGGCUUCCAAAAGGGGAAAUACAAACAUGGUGAAACUCUUACUGGAUCGAGGCGGUCAGAUUGAUGCCAAAACUAGGGAUGGGUUGACACCACUUCACUGUGCUGCACGAAGUGGGCAUGACCAAGUGGUGGAACUUCUGUUGGAACGGGGUGCUCCCUUGCUGGCAAGGACUAAGAAUGGGCUGUCUCCACUACACAUGGCUGCCCAGGGAGACCACGUGGAAUGUGUGAAGCACCUGUUACAGCACAAGGCGCCUGUUGAUGAUGUCACCCUAGACUACCUGACAGCCCUCCACGUUGCUGCGCACUGUGGCCACUACCGCGUAACCAAACUCCUUUUGGACAAGAGAGCCAAUCCGAAUGCCAGAGCCCUGAAUGGUUUUACUCCACUGCACAUUGCCUGCAAGAAAAACCGCAUCAAAGUCAUGGAACUGCUGGUGAAAUAUGGGGCUUCAAUCCAAGCUAUAACAGAGUCUGGCCUCACACCAAUACAUGUGGCUGCCUUCAUGGGCCACUUGAACAUUGUCCUCCUUCUGCUGCAGAACGGAGCCUCUCCAGAUGUCACUAACAUUCGUGGGGAGACGGCACUACACAUGGCAGCCCGAGCCGGGCAGGUGGAAGUGGUCCGAUGCCUCCUGAGAAAUGGUGCCCUUGUUGAUGCCAGAGCCAGGGAGGAACAGACACCUUUACAUAUUGCCUCCCGCCUGGGUAAGACAGAAAUUGUCCAGCUGCUUCUACAACAUAUGGCUCAUCCAGAUGCGGCCACUACAAAUGGGUACACACCGCUGCACAUCUCUGCCCGGGAGGGCCAGGUGGAUGUGGCGUCAGUCCUAUUGGAAGCAGGAGCAGCCCACUCCUUAGCUACCAAGAAGGGUUUUACUCCCUUACAUGUAGCCGCCAAAUAUGGAAGCCUGGAUGUGGCAAAACUUCUCUUGCAACGCCGUGCUGCCGCAGAUUCUGCAGGGAAGAAUGGCCUUACCCCGCUCCAUGUUGCUGCUCAUUAUGACAACCAGAAGGUGGCGCUGCUGUUACUGGAGAAGGGUGCUUCCCCUCAUGCCACUGCCAAGAAUGGCUAUACUCCUUUACAUAUUGCUGCCAAGAAGAAUCAAAUGCAGAUAGCUUCCACACUCCUGAACUAUGGAGCAGAGACAAACAUUGUGACUAAGCAAGGAGUAACUCCACUCCAUCUGGCCUCACAGGAGGGGCACACAGAUAUGGUUACCUUGCUUCUGGAUAAGGGAGCCAAUAUCCACAUGUCAACCAAGAGCGGACUCACAUCCUUACACCUUGCAGCCCAGGAAGAUAAAGUGAAUGUUGCUGAUAUUCUCACCAAGCAUGGAGCUGAUCAGGAUGCACAUACAAAGCUUGGCUACACACCUUUAAUUGUGGCCUGUCACUAUGGAAAUGUGAAAAUGGUGAACUUUCUUCUGAAGCAGGGAGCAAAUGUUAACGCAAAAACCAAGAACGGCUACACGCCUUUGCACCAGGCCGCGCAGCAGGGUCACACGCACAUCAUCAACGUCCUGCUCCAGCAUGGGGCCAAGCCCAACGCCACCACCGCGAAUGGCAACACUGCCUUGGCGAUUGCUAAGCGUCUGGGCUACAUCUCCGUGGUCGACACCCUGAAGGUUGUGACCGAGGAGGUCACCACCACCACCACAACUAUUACAGAAAAACACAAACUAAAUGUUCCUGAGACGAUGACUGAGGUUCUUGAUGUUUCUGAUGAAGAGGGUGAUGACACAAUGACUGGUGAUGGGGGAGAAUACCUUAGGCCUGAGGACCUAAAAGAACUGGGUGAUGACUCACUACCCAGCAGUCAGUUCCUGGAUGGUAUGAAUUACCUGCGAUACAGCUUGGAGGGAGGACGAUCUGACAGCACCAUGCCCAGCCUUCGAUCCUUCAGUUCCGACAGGUCUCACACUCUGAGCCAUGCCUCCUACCUGAGGGACAGUGCCGUGAUGGAUGACUCAGUUGUGAUUCCCAGUCACCAGGUGUCAACUCUAGCCAAGGAGGCAGAAAGGAAUUCUUAUCGCCUAAGCUGGGGCACUGAGAACUUAGACAACGUGGCUCUUUCUUCCAGUCCUAUUCAUUCAGGCCGCGCCUCUCCAUGUCUUGAUCGUGACAACAGCAGUUUCCUGGUUAGUUUUAUGGUGGAUGCCCGAGGUGGUGCUAUGCGAGGAUGCAGACACAAUGGGCUCCGGAUCAUUAUUCCACCUCGGAAAUGUACUGCUCCAACACGAGUCACCUGUCGACUGGUCAAGCGCCACAGACUGGCAACAAUGCCUCCAAUGGUGGAAGGAGAAGGCCUGGCCAGUCGCCUGAUCGAAGUUGGACCUUCUGGUGCUCAGUUCCUUGGUAAACUUCACCUGCCAACGGCUCCUCCCCCACUUAAUGAGGGAGAAAGUUUGGUCAGCCGCAUUCUUCAGCUGGGGCCUCCUGGAACCAAAUUCCUUGGGCCUGUGAUCGUGGAGAUCCCUCACUUUGCGGCUCUUCGAGGAAAGGAAAGGGAACUGGUGGUCCUGCGCAGUGAGAAUGGGGACAGCUGGAAAGAGCAUUUCUGUGACUACACUGAAGAUGAGUUGAAUGAAAUUCUUAACGGCAUGGAUGAAGUACUGGAUAGCCCGGAAGACCUAGAAAAGAAACGAAUCUGCCGCAUCAUCACCCGAGACUUCCCACAGUACUUUGCAGUGGUGUCUCGUAUCAAACAGGACAGCAAUCUGAUUGGCCCAGAAGGAGGUGUGCUGAGCAGCACAGUGGUGCCCCAGGUGCAAGCCGUCUUCCCAGAGGGGGCACUCACCAAGCGGAUCCGCGUAGGCCUGCAGGCUCAACCUAUGCACACUGAGCUGGUUAAGAAGAUCCUAGGCAAUAAAGCUACCUUCAGCCCUAUAGUCACUUUGGAACCUAGAAGAAGAAAAUUCCACAAACCAAUUACCAUGACCAUUCCUGUCCCCAAAGCUUCAAGUGAUGUCAUGUUGAAUGGUUUUGGGGGAGAUGCACCAACCUUAAGAUUACUAUGCAGCAUAACAGGUGGAACCACCCCUGCUCAGUGGGAAGAUAUUACAGGAACUACGCCAUUAACAUUUGUCAAUGAAUGUGUUUCCUUUACAACAAACGUGUCUGCCAGGUUCUGGCUGAUAGAUUGUCGACAGAUCCAGGAAUCCGUUACUUUUGCAUCACAAGUAUAUAGAGAAAUUAUCUGCGUACCUUAUAUGGCCAAAUUUGUAGUAUUUGCCAAGUCACAUGACCCAAUUGAAGCCAGAUUGAGAUGCUUCUGCAUGACUGAUGAUAAAGUGGAUAAGACCCUUGAACAACAAGAAAAUUUUGCUGAGGUGGCCAGAAGCAGGGAUGUGGAGGUGUUAGAAGGAAAACCCAUCUAUGUUGAUUGUUUCGGCAACUUAGUUCCAUUAACUAAAAGUGGCCAGCAUCAUAUAUUCAGUUUUUUUGCCUUCAAAGAAAAUAGACUUCCUCUAUUUGUCAAGGUACGCGAUACGACUCAGGAACCCUGCGGACGACUAUCAUUUAUGAAGGAGCCAAAAUCCACAAGAGGCCUGGUGCAUCAAGCUAUUUGCAACUUAAACAUCACUUUGCCGAUUUAUACAAAGGAAUCAGAGUCAGAUCAAGAACAGGAGGAAGAGAUCGAUAUGACAUCAGAAAAAAAUGAUGAGACAGAAUCUACAGAAACAUCUGUCCUGAAAAGUCACCUCGUUAAUGAAGUUCCUGUCCUAGCAAGUCCGGACUUGCUCUCUGAAGUUUCUGAGAUGAAACAAGAUUUGAUCAAAAUGACCGCCAUCUUGACCACAGAUGUGUCUGAUAAGGCAGGUUCUAUUAAAGUGAAGGAGCUGGUGAAGGCUGCUGAGGAAGAGCCAGGAGAGCCUUUUGAAAUCGUUGAAAGAGUUAAAGAGGACUUAGAGAAAGUGAAUGAAAUCCUGAGAAGUGGAACCUGCACAAGAGAUGAAGGCAGUGUGCAGAGCUCUCGGUCUGAGAGAAGAUUAGUGGAAGAAGAAUGGGUUAUUGUCAGUGAUGAGGAAAUAGAAGAGGCUAGGCAAAAAGCACCUUUAGAAAUCACUGAAUAUCCAUGUGUAGAAGUUAGAAUAGAUAAAGAGAUAAAAGGAAAAGUAGAGAAAGACUCAGAGCAGCUACAGACAGUUCAAGAUAAGGCAGGGAAGAAACGUGAGACUCUGGCUGUUGGCAAGAGCUCUGAAAAGGAAGGGAAAGACAUACCCCCAGAUGAGACACAGAGUACACAGAAACAGCAAAAACCAAGCUUGGGAAUAAAGAAGCCAGUAAGAAGGAAAUUAAAAGAAAAGCAGAAACAAAAAGAGGAAGGUUUACAAGCUAGUGCAGAGAAAGCUGAACUUAAAAAUGGUAGUUCAGAAGAGUCAUUAGAUGAAGACCCAGGUUUAGCCCCUGAACCUCUUCCCACUGUCAAGGCCACAUCUCCUUUGAUAGAAGAAACUCCCAUUGGUUCCAUAAAGGACAAAGUAAAGGCCCUUCAGAAGCGAGUGGAAGAUGAACAGAAAGGUCGAAGCAAGUUGCCCAUCAGAGUCAAAGGCAAGGAGGACGUGCCAAAAAAGACCACUCACAGGACACAUCCAGCUGCAUCACCCUCUCUGAGGUCAGAGAGACAUGCGCCAGGGUCUCCCUCCUCUAAAACAGAAAGACACUCUGCUCUUUCCUCUUCUGCCAAAACUGAAAGGCACCCUCCAGUAUCACCAUCAAGUAAAACUGAGAAACACUCACCUGUGUCACCCUCUGCAAAAACGGAAAGACAUUCACCUAUGUCAUCUUCGAGUAAAACUGAGAAACACUCACCUGUGUCACCCUCGACAAAAACUGAAAGGCACUCCCCUGUGUCAUCUACAAAAACAGAAAGACACCCACCCGUUUCACCUUCAGGCAAAACAGACAAACGUCCACCUGUAUCGCCCUCCGGGAGAACAGAAAAACACCCGCCAGUAUCGCCUGGAAGAACAGAAAAACGCUUGCCUGUUUCACCGUCCGGAAGAACGGACAAGCACCAACCUGUAUCAACAGCUGGGAAAACCGAAAAGCACCUGCCUAUGUCACCUUCUGGCAAAACAGAAAAGCAACCACCUGUAUCCCCCACUUCAAAAACAGAGAGGAUCGAAGAAACCAUGUCUGUUCGGGAGCUGAUGAAGGCUUUCCAGUCAGGUCAAGACCCUUCUAAACAUAAAACCGGACUCUUUGAGCACAAAUCAGCAAAACAAAAGCAGCCACAAGAGAAAGGUAAAGUUCGGAUAGAAAAAGAAAAGGGGCCAAUACUAACCCAGAGAGAAACUCAGAAAACAGAGAAUCAGACAAUCAAACGAGGCCAGAGACUCCCGGUAACGGGCACGACGGAAUCCAAAAGAGGAGUUCGUGCUUCCUCUAUAGGAGUUAAGAAAGAAGAUACAGCUGGAGAAAAGGAGAAAAUUCUGAGUCACAAAAUACCUGAACCUGUUCAGUCAGCACCUGAAGGAGAAAGCCACAGAGAGAGCGAAGUCCCCAAAGAAAAGAUGGCUGAUGAGCAGGGAGACAUGGAUCUCCAGAUCAGCCCAGAUAGGAAAACCUCCACUGACUUCUCUGAGGUCAUUAAGCAAGAGUUGGAAGACAAUGACAAAUACCAACAAUUUCGCCUGAGUGAGGAGACAGAAAAGGCACAGCUUCAUUUAGACCAAGUACUCACUAGUCCUUUCAACACGACAUUUCCACUCGACUACAUGAAAGAGGAGUUCCUUCCAGCUCUGUCUUUACAAAGCGGUGCUUUAGAUGGCAGUUCUGAAAGCCUAAAGAAUGAGGGGGUAGCCGGUUCUCCGUGCGGCAGUCUGAUGGAGGGGACCCCUCAGAUUAGUUCGGAAGAAAGCUAUAAGCAUGAGGGCCUAGCAGAGACCCCUGAGACAAGCCCAGAAAGCCUUUCUUUCUCACCAAAGAAAAGUGAGGAGCAAAUUGGGGAAACAAAGGAAAGCACCAAGAUGGAAACCACCACAGAAAUUCAUUCAGAAAAAGAGCAUCCCACAACCAAAGACAUUACUGGUGGCUCUGAAGAGCGAGGUGCCACAGUCACUGAGGGCUCGGAGACCUCUACUGAGGGUUUUCAGAAAGAGGCCACUCUAGGCUCUCCCAAAGACACAAGCACUAAAAGAAAAGAUGAUUGCACAGGCAGCUGUAGUGUAGCAUUAGCUAAAGAGACACCCACAGGACUGACUGAGGAGGCAGCCUGUGAUGAAGGUCAACCUACCUUUGGUAGUUCAGCCCACAAGAUACAAGCUGAUAGUGAGGCUCAGGAAUCCACAGCCACCUCAGAUGAGACAAAGGCCUCGCCGCUGCCUGAGGCUUCUGUAAAGACAGAUACAGGAACUGAAUCAAAGCCUCAGGGAGUCAUUAGAAGUCCCCAAGGGUUAGAACUUGCACUCCCUAGCCGAGAUAGCGAAGUCCUCAGUGCUGUGGCUGAUGACUCAUUAGCAGUGAGCCACAAAGACUCUCUGGAAGCCAGCCCUGUGCUAGAAGAUAACUCUUCACACAAAACCCCUGAUUCUCUGGAGCCAAGUCCUCUGAAAGAAUCCCCUUGCCGUGACUCUCUGGAAAGCAGCCCUGUUGAACCAAAGAUGAAGGCUGGAAUUUUUCCAAGUCACUUUCCUCUUCCUGCAGCUGUUGCCAAAACAGAACUCUUGAUGGAAGUAGCCUCUGUGCGGUCCCGGCUACUCCGAGACCCUGACGGCAGUGCUGAGGAUGACAGUCUUGAGCAGACGUCGCUCAUGGAGAGCUCAGGGAAGAGUCCCCUUUCUCCCGACACCCCCAGCUCCGAAGAAGUCAGCUAUGAGGUUACACCCAAAACCUCAGAUGUAAGUACACCAAAACCAGCUGUGAUUCAUGAAUGUGCAGAGGAGGAUGAUUCAGAAAACGGGGAGAAAAAGAGGUUCACACCUGAAGAGGAGAUGUUUAAAAUGGUAACCAAAAUCAAAAUGUUCGAUGAACUUGAACAAGAAGCAAAGCAGAAAAGGGACUACAAAAAAGAACCCAAACAAGAAGAAUCCUCUUCGUCCUCUGACCCAGAUGCAGACUGUUCAGUAGACGUGGAUGAACCGAAAUGUACAGGCAGUGGGGAGGAUGAAAGUGGUGUCCCUGAGUUAGUAACUUCAGAGAGCAGGAAGGUGUCUUCCUCUUCAGAAAGUGAACCUGAGUUGACACAGCUAAAAAAAGGUGCUGACUCAGGCCUCUUACCAGAACCAGUGAUUCGAGUGCAACCUCCUUCACCACUUCCAUCAAGCAUGGACUCCAAUUCCAGUCCAGAAGAAGUACAAUUCCAGCCUAUCAUUUCCAAACAAUAUACUUUCAAGAUGAAUGAAGAGAUUCAGGAAGAACCAGGUAAAUCAGAAGGAGAAAAAGAUUCUGAAUCCCAUUUAGCUGAAGACAGUCACGCUGUUUCCACUGAAGCUGCAGAUAAUUCUUUUGAUAAGCUAAACAGAGACACUGAUCAGCCAGAAAUCUGUGGUGGCCAUGGAUGUGAGGCCAUGAGUCCUAGCAGCUCAGCUGCUCCUGUCUCUUCAGGUCUGCAGAGUCCAACUGAUGAUGAUAUUGAUGAACAGCCAGUCAUCUAUAAAGAAUCAUUAGCUCUCCAAGGCAGUCAUGAAAAAGACACAGAAGGAGAAGAGCUUGAUGUUUCUAGAGCAGAAUCUCCACGAGUAGAUUGCCCCAGUGAAAGCUUUUCACCUUCGUCCUCUUUGCCUCAUUGUUUGGUAUCUGAAGGAAAAGAAUUAGAUGAAGACAUAUCCACCACAUCUUCUAUUCAAAAAACAGAAAUCACAAAAACUGAUGAAACAUUUGAGAACUUACCAAAGGACUGCCCCACUCAAGACUCAUCCAUUACUACUCAAACAGAUAGAUUUUCCAUGGAUGUUCCUGUGUCUGACCUAUCUGAGACGGAUGAAAUCUAUGAUCGCCAAAUAACUAGCCCUUAUGAAAAUGUCCCUUCCCAAUCUUUUUUCUCUAGUGAAGAAAGCAAAACCCAAACAGAUGCAAAUCACACCACAAGUUUUCACUCUUCUGAAGUGUAUUCUGUUACCAUCACAUCCCCUGUUGAAGACGUUGUGGUGGAAAGCUCCUCUAGUGGAACUGUUUUAAGCAAAGAAUCUAAUUUUGAGGGCCAGGACAUGAAUGUGGAAUCCCAACAAGAAAGUACCUUGUGGGAAAUGCAAUCAGACAAUGCCUCUUCAUCUUUCGAGCCUACUAUGUCAGCUACAACAGCAGUUGUUGGUGAACAAAUAAGCAAAGUCAUCAUCACAAAAACUGAUGUGGAUUCUGAUUCUUGGAGUGAAAUUCGGGAAGACGAUGAAGCUUUUGAGGCUCGUGUGAAAGAGGAAGAACAAAAGAUAUUUGGUUUGAUGGUAGACAGACAAUCACAGGGUACCACCCCUGACACCACUCCUGCUAGGACCCCAACUGAAGAGGGGACCCCAACAAGUGAGCAAAACCCAUUUCUGUUUCAGGAAGGAAAAUUGUUUGAAAUGACCCGAAGUGGUGCCAUUGAUAUGACCAAAAGGUCCUAUGCAGAUGAAAGUUUUCACUUUUUCCAAAUUGGUCAAGAAUCCAGGGAAGAGACUCUCUCUGAAGAUGUGAAAGAAGGGGCUACUGGGGCUGAGCCCCUACCGCUGGAGACAUCAACUGAAUCACUAGCACUUCCAGAAUCAAAAGAAACAGUGGAUGAUGAGGCAGACUUACUUCCAGAUGACCUGAGUGAGGAAGUAGAGGAAAUACCUGCUUCGGAUGCUCAACUUAACCCCCAAAUGGGGAUUUCAGCUUCCCCUGAAACACCAACAAAAGAGGCUGUUAGUGUAGGGACCAAGGACCUCCCCACCAUGCAAACGGGUGAUAUGCCUCCUCUGUCUGGUGUAAAGCAGAUAUCCUGCCCUGACUCUUCUGAACCAGUUGCACAAGUCCAGUUAGAUUUUUCCACAGUCACCAGGUCUGUUUAUUCAGAUAGGGGUGGUGAUUCUCCCGAUUCUUCCCCAGAAGAACAGAAAUCAGUAAUUGAAAUUCCUACUGCACCCAUGGAGAAUGUGCCUUCUACUGAAAGCAAAUCCAAAAUUCCUGUAAGGACUAUGCCCACUUCCACCCCAGCACCUCCAUCUGCAGAGUAUGAGAGUUCCCUUUCUGAAGAUUUGCUAUCCAGUGUAGAUGAGGAAAAUAAGGAGGAUGAAGCAAAACCAAAGUCCAAACUCCCUGUCAAAGUACCCCUCCAAAGAGUUGAACAGCAACUCUCAGAUCUAGACACCCCUGUCCAGGAGACAGUGGCUCCUCAGGGACAGGACAUGACAAGCAUCGCACCAGAUAAUAGAAGCAAAUCUGAAUCUGAUGCUAGUUCUUUGGACUCAAAGACCAAAUGCCCAGUAAAAACCAGAAGUUACACUGAGACAGAAACAGAGAGCAGAGAGAGGGCAGAGGAACUUGAGUUAGAAUCAGAAGAAGGGGCCACAAGACCAAAGAUACUUACAUCUCGAUUGCCAGUUAAGAGCAGAAGCACCACAUCUUCCUGCAGGGGUGGCACGAGCCCCACAAAAGAAAGUAAAGAGCAUUUCUUUGACCUUUACAGAAAUUCCAUAGAAUUCUUUGAGGAGAUUAGUGAUGAGGCUUCCAAGUUAGUGGAUAGGCUGACACAGUCAGAGAGGGAGCAGGAACUAGUUUCAGAUGAUGAAAGUAGUAGUGCCCUGGAAGUAUCAGUAAUUGAAAAUCUGCCACCUGUUGAGACCGAGCACUCAGUUCCUGAGGACAUCUUUGACACAAGGCCCAUUUGGGAUGAGUCUAUUGAGACUCUGAUUGAACGCAUCCCUGAUGAAAAUGGCCAUGACCAUGCUGAAGAUCCACAGGAUGAGCAGGAACGGAUCGAGGAAAGGCUGGCUUAUAUUGCUGAUCACCUUGGCUUCAGCUGGACAGAAUUAGCAAGAGAACUGGAUUUCACUGAGGAGCAAAUUCAUCAAAUUCGAAUUGAAAAUCCCAACUCUCUUCAAGACCAGAGUCAUGCAUUGUUGAAGUACUGGCUAGAGAGGGAUGGGAAACACGCUACAGAUACGAACCUCAUUGAAUGUCUCACCAAGAUCAACCGAAUGGAUAUUGUUCAUCUCAUGGAGACCAACAUAGAACCUCUCCAGGAGCGCAUCAGUCAUAGUUAUGCAGAAAUUGAACAGACCAUUACACUGGAUCAUAGUGAAGGGUUCUCAGUACUUCAAGAGGAGUUAUGCACUGCACAGCACAAGCAGAAAGAGGAACAAGCUGUUUCUAAAGAAAGCGAGACCUGCGAUCACCCUCCUAUCGUCUCAGAGGAAGACAUUUCUGUUGGUUAUUCCACUUUUCAGGAUGGCAUCCCCAAAACUGAAGGGGACAGCUCAGCAACAGCACUGUUUCCCCAAACUCACAAGGAGCAAGUUCAACAGGAUUUCUCAGGGAAAAUGCAAGACCUGCCUGAAGAGUCAUCUCUGGAAUAUCGGCAGGAAUAUUUUGUGACAACUCCAGGAACAGAAGCAUCAGAGACUCAGAAGGCUACGACAGUACCUGGCUCUCCCAGCAAGACACCUGAGGAAGUUAGCACCCCUCCAGAGGAGGACAGGCUGUACCUCCAGACCCCAACAUCCAGUGAACGGGGAGGCUCUCCCAUCAUACAAGAACCCGAAGAGCCCUCAGAGCACAGAGAGGAGAGCUCUCCGCGGAAAACCAGCCUCGUAAUAGUGGAGUCUGCUGAUAACCAGCCAGAGACCCAUGAAAGACUCGAUGAAGAUGCAGCUUUUGAAAAGGAGCUAACAGAGGAAUUAGGGGAGCUGGAGGCCAGCUCAGAUGAGGAGGCGAUGGUAACUACCAGGGUUGUCCGCCGGCGAGUGAUUAUUCAGGGAGACGAUAUGCCUGAAAUACCCCCAGAAACAGUCACAGAAGAAGAAUACAUUGAUGAGCAUGGACACACCGUGGUAAAGAAGGUUACUAGGAAAAUCAUUAGGCGGUACGUAUCCUCUGAAGGCACAGAGAAAGAAGAGAUUACGGUGCAGGGAAUGCCACAGGAACCUGUCAACAUCGAGGAAGGGGAUGGCUAUUCCAAAGUUAUAAAGCGUGUUGUAUUGAAGAGUGACACCGAGCAGUCAGAGGUCACUUUGUGUGAGCCCAGCAUUUUGUCCAGUACCUCACAAUUUCAGGCUGAGCCAGUGGAAGGCCGUAGAGUCAGCAAAGUUGUUAAAACAACUGUGGUACGUGGAGAGAGGAUGGAGAAACAUCUGGGGGAUUCUAGUUUAGCCACUGAUCUUCCUUCAGCCAAAGAUGACUUUGAAGAGGACAACAAUGAGUAAAGCCAUUACACAGAAGAGGGCUGUGGUGAAGGACCAGCAUGGAAAACACAUUGACUUGGAGCACCUGGAGGAUGUACCAGAAGCACUAGACCAGGACGACCUCCAGCGCGAUCUCCAGCAGCUCCUUCGGCAUUUCUGCAAGGAGGACUUGAAGCAAGAGGCCAAGUGAGGGGCUGCCCAGUUCUCACACCAGAAACCACACAUUCACUCAAUAUGCAGCUUCCUGUUUCAGUAGAGGAGUGACCUAACUGGCCUAAUUAAUGGGAUACCCCGACAUUUCCACUGUUAGCAAAUAUACGGCAUUUUGUUUUAGUUUUCCCCCAUCCUCUUUAACUAUAAAGCUAAUUUGUGACCAAAGAUGGCAUCCUUCAUACUGGAUGCUGUAUCCAAUACUUUGUUGUGUCUGUGCUAACCUGGGAACUGGCCACCUCCAUUGUUCUUUGCUUCUGCACAAGAUCCAUGAAAAUCCAUUGAUCAGAAGAACUUCACCUGCAGACCUCUUCAAGUGACACUAUAUAGGAAUCCUUCCAAGGGAUAUCUAUGUACAAUGUAUAUAGUUGAAAUGCUCAGAUGAACAACAUAUUAAAAUUAAAACCACUGCCUAUUGUAACUACACUGGGCAUCAGAAUAAAAGGCCUCUAGAAAUUGCUGAACAAUGGUUAAUUAAGAUAUUGCUAACACAAUCGAGUGAUAAUAUAGUUUUACUGCAAAAGAAGCACUUCAGACCUAUUAUGUCCUUAGAACUUCCAGAGUAGCCACUGCUCCCAGUUAAAGGUGGGUUAACAGCCUUGCAGAACUGUCCUGAGACAGUAUUGCUGGUGCUGGCCAGCCAUGGCUUAGGACUCUCCAACAGCCACUCUGAGGGAGGGGAGAAGGGAGCAGAGGCCACACAGAAUGAAACGAUGGGGUAUUCAGUUGCUAGCAGCUACAUUGUGUGGCAUUCUAGCACCUUCAGGUCUUUAGAUUUUGGACAAGUUUUGGCAGGGUAUUUUAAAAGCUAUAACUACUGUAGUUUUCCAGUUUUCAUUGCUGCUUUAGCAAACCACGCUGUCUUACUGGUGGUACUUUCUUCUGGCCACUGCACUGUAGAUAAUUCAUUGGAAACAAGAUUUACUCACUACAUAAAAGGUUAAACUCCUUCAGUGUGUUGGAGUGGUUUCUUUUUCUUUCUUUUCUUUUCUUUUUUUUUUUUUUUUUUUUUUCUUCAGGUUUAUAUCUUCUCUAAUACCUGCAUGUGGCAUUUAAAAAUCAAGACCACGGUCAAACCCCUCUUCUAAUCACAUUAAUUGUUUCCAUUCUUUUUACCCUGAGUGAGCACUUUUCACUUUCCAGCUAGGUCUGUUUUUCAGCUUGCAGACGAGAUUGAGAAAUCCUUGAAAAUUUGGUUUUGGUUAAAAUUUUUGGUUUAUUUAUUUGAAAUCCACACUCCCUUGGAAACUCUUAAGUGCAUUUGUGCACUUCUGUUUGUUUGUCUCAAAGAAGGGACUGUAACAAUCUGAGUAAUUUCCAUGUCCUCUUCCUAUUCCUCUAGUGGUUGAAGCUGUGUAGCAUUUUAACAUAUAUAUAUUCACAAAUAUAUUCAUAUAAACAGUAUACAUUUUGAAUCAGUCAUUUGUUAAAGAAAAGUAUAUUCAAUGAAGAUGAAAUUUAAAUAAAAAAGGACAGAGUCUAUCCUCCAGGGAUUGAACAUUUUCCAAUUAUCUGGUCUUUUCCUGUUGUGCAAAAAUGACUCAUUGCUCCGAAUGUCAAAAACAAAUGCGACAAACAAUGGCACUUCAUCAUUUAAAGUAAUGUUGCCAAGAGAAAAAAUUUCCUGGGAGGGAGGUUUCCCACAAGCCAAAUCUCCCAAGCCUCAAAUGCUAGCACUUUUUGGCAGUUGGAUAGGAAAUGAAACAUUCUUUGGCAGCCAAAAUAAGAGAGGCCGACGGUGAAACUUUUUGAGACACCCUAUGGCCUUCUUGUCAAAACCUUCACUGGAGCUCAAGAAAAGCAUUUCUGUUGUGUUAUUUGCAGUGCAGAUGAUGUCUGUGUAACAACAUAAUGGUUAUUCACCCUUUUUUUGAUUUUGAUUUUUGCUGUGUUAUCAAAAACUUGAAUACUGUGAGAAGAAGUGAAUUUUCAGUUGACGAAUCAGCAUCUUGUUCCCAUGGUGAUAACACUAAUUGAAUAUAUCUAUGAGGGCAUGUAUUAGUUAAUGGAAAAAAAAAUACAACACUAACAAUACAUAGCUGCAAUGUGUACAAUGGCUGAUUUAAUUAAAUAAAAUGUACAAGUGUUAAAUGUG